AUGGGAGCGCCGACAUUAUGGCGGCGAGUCAACACUGGCCACAAUGGGCCCUGUUUAUUCCAUUCUGCGUGGGCGCCAGAUGAAGAGCUGCGGCCGCUGAUAUUGGGUCAGGCUGCAGCCUCAAUACGGCGCUGCUGGAACAAUACUCCGCCGCGGCCCGCGCCGCCACCAAUCGGCGGCAUCGACCGCGAGACACGACUCCCUGGUCUCCUGGGCCGGGCAGGCAUUGCGCGCCGCCUCAACCAUCGGCUGGGCCGCUCUGUAUUUUGUCGGCCCUCGCGAUCGAUGGCGGAAGCCCGCCACAGAGAGGUUUGUGCCGCGACACCAGCUGUGCCUCUGACCCAGAUUCUAGCAGCCGCCGGCGGGGGCGUGCUGCUGCCACAUCACACGUUUAUCCCACACUGGCUGGUCCUAGAAUUGUUGUCACUCCAGGGGCCCCACGAGAAACGAUUGCUGCACACCCUGCUGGACCACUACAACGUCCUGGAGCGGCCCGUCGCCAAUGAGUCCGAUCCACUACAGCUAAGUUUUGGUUUGACCCUCAUGCAGAUCAUCGACGUGGAUGAGAAGAAUCAGCUUCUAAUAACAAACAUAUGGUUAAAACUGGAGUGGAACGACGUGAACCUCAGGUGGAACUCGUCAGAGUUCGGCGGCGUCAAGGACUUGAGGAUACCGCCGCACCGCAUCUGGAAGCCAGACGUGCUAAUGUACAACAGUGCUGAUGAGGGUUUCGACGGGACGUAUCCAACGAACGUUGUGGUCAGAAAUAACGGUAGCUGCUUGUACGUUCCACCGGGCAUCUUCAAGAGUACAUGCAAGAUAGACAUUACGUGGUUCCCCUUUGAUGAUCAGCGGUGUGAGAUGAAGUUCGGUAGCUGGACCUAUGACGGCUUUCAGCUGGAUUUGCAGCUACAAGACGACACGGGCGGAGACAUCAGCAGCUUCAUAACGAACGGUGAAUGGGAUCUCCUAGGUGUUCCCGGGAAAAGGAACGAAAUUUACUACAAUUGCUGCCCCGAACCUUAUAUAGACAUAACUUUUAUCAUUAUCAUACGGCGCCGGACCCUGUACUACUUUUUCAACCUUAUUGUUCCAUGUGUUCUCAUCGCCUCCAUGGCUGUUCUUGGCUUUACUCUGCCACCGGACUCAGGCGAAAAACUAUCUUUAGGCAUGCCAGGGGAAAAGAACGUUAAAGAAUAUGCUUGCUGUCCAGAGCCCUACGUUGACAUAACUUUCGUCGUUCAUAUCCGGCGACGGACCCUGUUUUACACGGUGAAUUUGAUCGUUCCUUGUGUAAUGAUCUCGUCUAUGACACUCCUUGGGUUCACUCUACCACACGAGUGUGGAGAGAAACUAACAUUAGAUGUCACCGUUCUUCUCUCUCUAACGUUUUUCCUUAAUAUGGUUGCCGAGACCAUGCCUCCGACUUCAGAAAGACCGUUAAUAGGUACAUAUUUCAACUGUAUCAUGUUCAUGGUGGCGUCUUCCGUAGUUUCGACGAUACUCAUUUUAAACUAUCACCAUAGGAAUGCGGACACGCAUGAGAUGUCGCCGUGGAUCAAGACAAUCUUCCUGCACUGGCUACCGUGCGUGCUGCGCAUGAGCCGGCCUGGCAUGGAGGCGGAGGCGGCGGCCGGCGGCGCGCGCAACAAGACGCUGCAGCUGCGCGAGCUGGAGCUGAAGGAGCGCUCCUCCAAGAGCCUGCUGGCCAACGUGCUCGACAUCGACGACGACUUCCGCCACCACGGCGGCUCCGCGGCCGGCACCUUCCUGCGCGGCGGCGGCGGCGGCGCGGGCGAGCUGCGCGUCAUCACCGACAAGCUGCGCAAGGAGGACGAGGCGGCCGAGGUCACCAACGACUGGAAGUUCGCCGCCAUGGUCGUCGACCGCCUGUGCCUAAUCGUCUUCACGCUCUUCACCGUCAUCGCGACGAUAGCCGUGCUCUUCUCGGCGCCGCACAUCAUCACGGCGCGGGGGCCACCGGUCACGUUCGGCGCCGGCUGGACCGUCUCUCGUGACACCAAAGUGUACUUCGGCGCGUGGCGCUGCUGGGCGGUGACGUCAGUGGCGGGGCCGCUCCACCGCGCCCGGCAGCGACGCCUUUCUGACGCCCGUCGCCCUCCGACCCCGGACGGGGGCACCGGGUCGUCGCCGCUCUCGCACCCGGACCCAGCGGCCGCGCUGGCCGAGGUUGCCCCGGGUGUUCGACUGCGAGUGGAGUAG